AUGGCUGACAGAAACUCGAUUGGUGAGGAUGCCUCAAGUUUGAUUGGCAACACUCCAAUGAUUUAUUUGAGGAGAGUAGUUGAUGCGGAUUGUACAGCUAAAGUUGGUAAGUAACUUUUCUUUGUAAUAAAUUUUUUAUUUGUAUAUUUCUUUAGGGCAUAAGUUAGUAAAGGAGAGAAUUUUUCUGUCUUAAACUUGAAGGCAGAUUUAUAAGGUGAAAAAAUUGGCUUUUAGGGAGUUUUGUUUUAGGUGAUAAGACAAUUUUUUAAUAUAAAUUUCAGCUGUAAAACUCGAGUACCUAAACCCGGCAUGUUCGGUGAAGGACCGCAUUGGCUACUCGAUGAUCAGAGCCGCAGAAGAAGCUGGAAAGAUUCGACCCGGCGUGACAACUUUGAUUGAGCCUACAAGUGGUAACACUGGUAUUGCACUGGCAUUUAUUGCUGCUGUUAAAGGAUACAAGUUGAUUAUUACUAUUCCUUCAUCUAUGAGUUUGGAAAGAGUAAGUAUUCCUUUAUUUUUUUUAUUUUAGGUAAUCACUAUUAGCUUGUAUUUAUUCAAAAAAUGUACAAUUAUGUACGCUCACUUUGCAGAGAACACUGCUACGCGCCUAUGGUGCCGAGUUGGUAUUAACCGACCCUUCAAAAGGUAUCAGCGGAUCGAUUGAACGAGCUCAAGAACUUGCUCAAAACAUUCCUGAUGCUUAUGUUCUCCAACAGGUAUCAUUUUUUACUGUUUUUUUAUAACUUAUUUAUUCUCUCGUAUUCGCUCAGUUGGUAUAUUUUAACAUUUUAUCUAAAGGAGUCAUUUUAGUUUGAGAAUCCAGCAAAUCCUCAGAUUCAUUACGAAACAACAGGACCAGAAAUCUGGAAACAAACCGAUCAUAAAGUAAAUGUAUGCGCAUUUGGUGUGGGAACCGGAGGUACAGUCACUGGAGCUGGGACGUUCUUAAAGGAACAAGAUCCAAGUAUUAAGGUAAUUUGUGUUAUUACAAUUUAUUAUCAACUUUAAAUAAGUAAGAAACUAGUUUUUGUUAAUUUAUAUCGCUCUUUAGAUAUAUGCAGUAGAGCCGGAGGAAUCUGCAGUUUUGAGUGGAUUUGCACCUGGACCUCACAAAAUUCAGGGUAUGUUUGUCAUAACUUUUGGUUUUUUGCUAAAUUUUGUCUAGUAGUUCUUAAAUAGUGGUCUGUUUUUAAAUAUCAAAAUUUUACUUUUUUACUUUUGGUACUGUGGUUUUUUAUCACAGAUAAUUUUGUUUAAAGUGGUGGUAACAUGUUUUUUAUUCGUUUAGGAAUUGGAACUGGUUUCAUUCCGACGGUAUUUGACAAAAAUAUUUGCGAUGGAGUGAUUCGGGUACAUUCUGAUGAAGCCAUCAUAAUGGCAAGAAGACUGGCGCUGGAAGAAGGACUCCUGUGCGGAAUUUCCAGUGGUGCUAACGUUUGUGCAGCUGUCCGACUUGCUAAGCAGCCAGAAAAUGCAGGAAAAUUGAUUGUUACAGUACUACCCAGUUUCGGCGAACGUUACUUGUAUGUUUUUUUUUCUUGUUUUUUAUUAUUUAUGUAGCUACAAAUGUAGAUACCUUUUAUCCGAAAAUAAUAUAAUUUAAAAUACGAUAUAAUUCAGGUCUUCUGCCCUGUACGCCAGCAUUCGGGAUGAAGCCAUGGGAAUGCCUGUUGAAUCAUUGGAAGAGAAUCUAAACAGAAUUAAACUUCAUGAAUUUCCCGAGGUAGCUUUGGACAGUUAA